AUGCGGUCUGUUGCAGGGAAGGUUUUUGUGUUUCCAUAUUUUGUGGAUCUCAGCAAAAUUGGUAGACUGUUUGAAACAGUAGGUAGAAACAUGGUAACUUUAAUUACUGUUUUUAUCAUUGUUGUCAUUUAUACAUGUUUAGCAGUAUGGGCUUUUAAAAGACGUAACAUUGAUGAAACAAACAGAGACAAAGUCAUUGUUUUGCCAGACAAUGAUCCCUUUGACAAAGUGUGCUAUUUAGUAACUGUUUACACAGGCACUUGGCCAGGAUCUGGAACGAGUGCUGAUGUUUUCUUCAGAUUGAUAGGUAGCUUUGACCAGAGUGAUAUCCAUCUUCUUAAGCACCCAAAAUAUAAAACGUUCCAUAGAGAUGAAGUUGAUACCUUCUUGGUCACCACAAAGACUGACUUGGGCGAUCUGCAUUCUGUCAGGUUUUGGCACAAUAAUGCAGGCAAUUCUCCAAACUGGUACCUCAGUCGAGUCAAAGUUGAGAACUUGUACAAUAAACAGGUGUGGUAUUUCAUGUGCAGGAAAUGGUUCGCCACAAACAAAGAUGGUGGAGUCUUAGACCGGACUUUUCUAGCUCCUAAUCAUGACACGUAUGUGGACAAAAAAGACUUCUUUGCUGUUCAAUUGUCAGCUGGCUUAAAAUGCAAUCAUUUGUGGUUUUCUGUCUUUGCACGGGUUAUCCAAAGUUCUUUCACCAGACUUCAGAGAUUAUCUUGUUGUUUUGCCUUGCUGAUGAGCAGCCUUCUUACAAGUAUUGUCUUAUUUCAUAGAGAAAGAGAGUCAAACAAACAAGACAUUUAUCUGUUGCAGUCAUUCAUGGUUGGGAUUGAAAGCUCUCUUAUUAAUGUGCCGGUGCAAAUUAUACUUACUAGUUUAUUUAAAUAUGCUAAACAAGAAACUGUGACUCCAACAUAUGCUCCUUAUCAUAACAUAUUACAAUAUCUAGAAAAUGAGGAAAACAGAUGCAUAAAUCAGUGGUUAGUUAGAAUGUCUAAUGCUCAACCUAGAGAUUGGAGGGAACGCCUACAAAGAUGGUACUUGUUGGAAGGGUCUGUUAUUUCCAGUGGGGAUAAUUAUAAUAUAAUGUCAGAGUCCCAGAGUCUUAAGUCCUCUACUGCGAGUUUAAACUGUGUUUUACCUUCUUAUUUAACAGAAGCUACUUUUACUGAAGAUGUGGAUGAAAAUGUUGUAAAAGACAAGAAAGAAACCAAUGAGCGUCAGCAAAACAAGCCACAGGGACCAUUAGCAAAGGUGGAUGUAAUCAAAAACUUCUUACCAAAAAUUACACCAAUGCUCUUUACAAAUAGUAAAGAGGUAGUCCUUUCUUGGUGGUGUGUGUAUGUGGCAUGGUGCUUUAUCAUUAUUUGCAUAUCCAUAUCUGGUUUCUUUAUCAUAUUGUAUGGCCUUUCCUAUGGCACAGAGUUGUCAUUAAAGUGGCUUUUUGCUUCCACAGUUUCAGUAUUUCAGACUCUGUUAAUUGUUCAGCCCAUCAAAAUUGCAUGCAUUUCUGCCAUCAGCUCUUUUAGAAAGAGGCGUUACAGCAACCUUCCUUGGCCAAGCUCGACGAAACUUCUAGAGAUUGAUAUGGGAGAAGUUCCUCAGAAUCUUGACGAAAUGCAAAGCAGACAUUCUGAGUUGAUCAGAGCUAGAAAGAGCAAAACAUACAAACCUCUGGGGGAUGAUGAAAUCACAACAAUGAUGAGAAGAGAUGCAAUUAAAACAAAAGCUUUCAUUUUCUUAAAAGAUAUUGUUAUACAUUUCAUAUUCUUAGGCCUAGUGCUACACAUAGCCUACUCAAAUGAUCAUACACGUGCCUUUUACUACAAGAAGUUUAUUAAAAGCAAAUUCUCUGCAGAUCUAAGCACCGUUGAUGCAAUAGAUCCAUUUUAUUUAUGGAUGAACAGCAAGGCUUUACCUUUACUCCACGACCCAAGCAAUCCACCGUUUGUAUCUGAAAUCAACUCCAUAAUUGUUGGCCUGGCUAGGAUACGUCAGAUUAGAGCAAAACGGGGAAAAGUACACUGCAUAAUAAAGGACAGUUCUGUGUUCAGCACAAUGAUCAGGACACGGCGUUGCCAACCAAAAUAUGCGGAAGAACAAGAAGAAAAAAAUAAUUACAAUAAUUCCUGGGAAACCGUUGACCAUGUAACUUCAGAAGAAAAUAUCAGAACAUAUACAGGUUGGUUCUAUGAAAGCAACUCUUUCCCAUGGGAUUAUGAAAGUUAUGGAGAGCAACAUGUUUAUGGAACAGGAGGCUACACUGUGUACUUCUUCCCCACUGUAAGCAUGGAAAAUUCUUCUCAAAAGCUACUGGAUCUGAAGACAAACAACUGGCUUGAUGGAAACACAUGGGCUGUAAUUUUAGAAUUGACUGUUUAUAAUCCUGAUGUCAAUUUAUUCUGUGCAAUUUCAGUUGUCUUUGAAGCCAGUCCUUUUGGGGAUAUCAAUGGGGUUGUAUCAGUCAAGCCCUUUUCAAUGAUUACCCUUGACAAAUUAUUUAAUUCUGAUAUUUUAGUCAACUUUGUCUUUGUACUUUUUCUUAUAGUAUAUCUCACAGAGGAAUGCAUAACAAUGAUCAGAGAAAAGAAAAGAUAUAUCAGAAAAAUGAAUAACCACAUCAAUUUUGGUCUAAAAUCUGUCUUUUUGGUUACAGUGGGACUCCAAAUCUCCAUGUUUUAUAAAUCUUCUGAAAUGCUUAAUUUCUACAACCUCCACAAAGAGUCAUUCAUUCCUUUACAUGUCAUGUCUUCCCAUGAUGAGACGUUCCAAAUAACUGUUGGGUUUUUAUUUUUCUUUACUGUUUUAAAAACUCUUAGAUAUGCCAAAUUUGUUUACGUUGUGCGUCUUGCCCAAAGCACCAUCAUUGUUGAACUGCCUGGUAUCUGUUCCAUAGCAAUAGUACUAUUGGUAUUUUUUCUUAUUUACACUGCUUUUGGGCAUUUAGCAUUUGGCCAGCAAGAUGUGAAUUUUAAUAACUAUCUUCAUGCUGCUGAAACCGUCUUAUCCUACUGCGUUUUAUCUUUUCAAAAGGCUGAGUUUACAAGUAACUUUCUUCUUGCUGCUUUCUAUCUGUCAACAUUCAUGCUAGUUAUGGUUUGCAUAUUAAUAAACCUAUUCCAGUCUGUGAUUAUAUUGUCAUAUGAGAAAAUGAAGAGACCCGUCUACGAAGAUCCAUCUGAUGAGGCAGAAGUGGUGUUUUUUUUGGUUCAGAAACUGCGGUUAAUUUUUUACUCCCUAAUAGGCAAGAAGGUUACUGAAAAUGAGUUUAAGAGCUUCAACGGUUUGAUAUAUGGGCAUCCUGAAAAGAUGGAAGAUAAUAGCAUAGGACUGAAUACAAAAGAUAUCAAUGGCAAGAAGAUUCCUUACAUACUUAUCUGACUUUAAAAUGUUCAUGCUUACAUGUG